AGAUUCCGUUAGCAGAUGUCUGGCUUCAAAAGGAGGCGGGGUGGUGGCGACUGGUAUGAUGACCCGUACAAGAGACCAAGACUCCUACCUCUACAAGAGAACAUGUUGCAUCACCAGGGAUACGUUGGAGAUGAGCCAGCAUACCGUCAUCCUCCAGCCCCACAUUAUGACUACGGUCCCGCUUAUCCUCCUGAUCACCAUGCUUAUCCCCCUGAUCCUUAUGAGUACCCACCGGACUCUCACGCUUACCGCCCUGAUCCACACGCGUAUCCACCUCCUGACCCACAUGCGUACCCACCUCAUCCAGACUACGAUUACCCACGUCCGCGUCCUGCUCGUGCCCGACCACCCCGUGGCCGUUAUGAUUACAGCACUGUUAGAGGCGCUCACGAGGCACGCGGUAGUGAACGGGGAAGAUUUAGAGGUAGAGGUCAUGAAAGAAGUCACGAAAGAGGUCACGAUAGAGGAAGGGGUGAUGUCAGAGGUCGAGGAAGAGGAGAAGGAGGCAAGCGAGGAAGAGGAAGAGGAGGAGGUGGUGCUGAUCGUGGUGGUGGUGGUGGUGGUGGAUAUGUUGUUGAGGAAAAUCCAUGGCUAGCUGUAAUGAAUGCUAUGGGAGCUAAUGAUGAAGUGCAGCCUGAGGAAGAAGAGAAGACAGAUUUUACUUGUAGUCAACGCAAAGCAACUAAAGUUCUCGCUCAGCUGUACCCCGAAGCUGUGUUCGAACAGACGUUACUGAUACACAACGAGCUAGGUCACUGUAUCGGCUACCAGGUAAAAGUGGAGGGUAAGACGUUUUACGGAGAGGGCUCCACAGCUAAGAUAGCUAAAGGGCUCGCUGCUCUCGACGCUCUGACUUACAUUAAGGCACCAGGUUGUGAUGAUCUGCUACCUGUGUGUAACGUGGUGGAGGAGAUGAAGAAGAUGGAGGUGGUUAAAGCUGGCCAGGAACAGUAUGGAACAAAGAAACCUGCUAGAAAGCGAGCUCCAGCUAAACAGACCUUUAAACGACAACAGCCGAAGUCUGGUGUAGUAGAGGCCCACCAUCAAGCCCCAGUGCCGACCCUGGUGAACUUUCAGCUUCUAAAACAGAAGUACGUGGGCGCUCAAAACGAGGGAGAACUGGUCCAGACCUUCAACCCUGCUGGAAGUGGAACUAGAACUUGUGUUCUUAUUGUUCAGGGCCAUGUUUUUAAAGGGGACGGUGCAACAGAUAAGAUUGCCAGAGACUUUGCUGCUAAAGAGGCUAUCAUCUACUUUGAGAAGACUCCUCCUAAAUUCGUGCAGAAGAUGAAGGAAAAAACCGCGAGAGAACCAAUUUACGACCGCCAAGAUCCGGACGACUACAUAAACCUGCUCUAUUGCAAGGCUUGGAAAUUUGCAGUGGAGCUGACCAAGGAUCACAACCAAGUUUAUGUCAGGAAACAAAACCUGGCCUUCGUGCUCAAGAUAUAUGGUCCAGACCAGAAUAUAGACACUGCGGAGGUGGUUGCCAUGGCUUCUGGAGCAAAGAUCAUUGCUUCAGAAUACAUGUCGCCUGACGGCUUCGCUAUAAAUGAUUGCGGAGGCGAAUCACUGUGUAUUCGAGCAUUUCGGAGGUACCUGGUCAAUCAGUUGAUGAACUUGAGUAAAGGGUACAAGGAGACUAUAUUUAGACGCAACCCAUUCAGUAGGAUCAUGAUGAAAGAAGGGUACAAGUUUGUGUUUGUAACAAACUGUUCCUCGAUGGGCGACUGCAAGAACUUUGAUGCCCAAUUCUACAACUGUUUAAAGAACAAACAGUUCUUUAAUAUCAAACACGAUGGUAGUGAACUAAAAACUAAUGCACUGAAAAAGACAGAAAGGAAAAAAGCUAACCCCAGCGCGAUCGUUCCCUUCGAUACCACAAAAUGUGGCAAGUUACAUCAGUACCGCAAGAUGGCGUUGGACCAUGUCCCUGACCAGUGUGUGGUACCUGAACCUGAUCUCCUUUCCUACCUCUCCCCUAUUGUUGCUCCUUCUGCUAAACUAGCGCUUAGGAAUGUGGUGGGGUUCCAGGGGGCCCUCCUCUCCACCCUUAUAGAUAAUAUCUACUUCAGCGAGUUCUAUAUUGGCAGAGCAUUUGACGACGUGGCCCUGGCACGUGCUCUCCACGGCCGUCUCCAAGGAACCAAGUUUCCGGCGGGAGUUUCUGUCAAGGUGCCAGAGAUACACCGACUGACCUGGAAACCUAGCAGGAUGGCUGAUAAAACAACUAUCUACGCCUUUGCUUGGUGUGAGGGCUGCACUCUUGAUGUUUUGCGAGCUGAUAUAGGAAGUAAGGUAGACAUGAUAAAACCAGCAGAUAUUAAAGAUAUAAGCGAGGACAUGCUCCAUGCUUACGACAGCAGAGAGAUAAAGUCCGCUUCUCCCUCCCAGUUCUGCUCCUAUAAUUACUAUGAAACUUUCACUGAGCUCCUUAAAGCUGAGAGUAAAACGGUGGAAAGUUAUACCAAGUUAAAGAAGUCAGCUACAGCAUAUCAAGCUGCAAAGCAAGCAGUUUAUAAUGCCUUUCAGCAGAAAGAUCUCGGUACUUGGCCUAAGAAAACAGUCCUACCAAACUUCUAGCCAAAAAAACUAAACCUAUUCAGGACUUUUUUAUUGAAUGCUCUAGCAUUUAUAUUGUAUAUGAAUGCCGGUUUCUGCCAUGAGUGGUCUUAUUUUUUAUUAGUGACCGUAUCUGACUGAUUACCAGUUUGUAACGUAUUCAACUAUUCAAACCGGAUAUUUAUUUGUAUUUAACAUUGUGUAUGUUAUAAUUUUGCUGGCCAAAUCCUGACAUAUUCAGUAACUUCUUUA